UUGUUCUUAUUAAUCUGCUUCUGGAGCAUUUUGAAGCACUGAUGUUUAAGUUUGUUCAGAGAAUAAAAGAGUCCAAACGGAUUUUGAGGGUGGAGUGUGAUGUGAGGGUUUUACUGUAUGCAAGAACUGUUUGUUUGAACAGAAAAUAGUGGCUUUUACGACACAGGAAAGGGAAAAAGGAAACAGCUCAAACACGGUGACGCCUAAAGUCCUUGAACUCGGUGUACUGAGCACGCGAGUUCACAGAAUACAGCAGUCCUGCAGAGACACAAACAUGUUUACUGUGGGAGCUUCGCUCUAGUGCUUUUAUGCGACAGGAGUUUCUGGAUACAGUCGUCUCUUCGGGAAGUUAUGAGAGCUGACAUGGAGCUAAGACUACAGCGAUUCAUCAGGACCGUCCUGCUUCUGCACAUCUGCUGGCUCUGGAGCGGCCAGUGUUUGUCCGUCCACUUCACAAACCAGCAGUUGCUGUAUGUAAUCAGAGGCCAGACUCUGAUCCUUCAUGCACAAAUCGAGCUGCUGGAUGGUGAACAUGUUAAUAAAGUGACGUGGGACCACGUUGCAAAGACUUCUGGGAUGAGUUCAACAUUGGCUGAGUUUCCUCCUAAAGCAUCAGAUGGGAGAGUCACACUGGAACAGCAGGGAGCCACACUGAAGGUCCCAGAUUUUCAGGCAGCAGACGCCGGGGUCUACACGGUCACAGUUACAGACCAGUCAGGACAGAGACAAUCUGCACAGCAAACCGUUCAAGAGUAUCUGGCGGUGCAUCACGUGUCGGUGAUGGUGAAUGUGUCUCACUGGGUUCUUCACUGUAUGGAGGCCUGGGGAACUGAGCCCAUCUUCACUUGGCUGCAUGAGAAAGUGAUGGUAACGGAGAAAGUGGGUCAUGUUUCGGCAGAUGGGACGUCUCUGCACGUCUCCGGCGGCAGCUUCUGCGGACACUUCACCUGCGUGGUGAGCAACAAACUGGGACACAGCUCAGCCACAUACAGCGCAGAGGCGUGUGAAAACACAAACAGGAGCAUGACUGCUAUCGUUGUGUUUCUGCUGCUGAUACUGAUGCUCGCAGCUGCAUCGCUGGCCUUUAUACUGUGGAGGAGACACAGGCGUGGAUAUAACAGAAGAGAGAGACUGCGAGAGCCGUGUGAAGAGACUCUGUGAGCUGAUCUCAGGACAGUUUUACUGCGUUACUGUGACACUGACGAGAGCUGAUGGACUGCCAGUCGCUUGACGCUUUCAGCACGCCUUUUUAUACUUCAUUGAUCAAUGUAUUAUAGAUUUUUGGUUCCUUCCUGGAAAGAUAUUUAUGCAUAUUUAUUUAACCAAGUUAGACUAACAUCAUCAGGAGGUGUAGUUAAUGCAAUCCUUUCUGAAAUACUUGAUUCUGAUUGGUCAGUUAUGACAUUCUGUCAUUAAUAUGAUGACCACUACACUAUUAAUUGACAACUGUCUCAUAUCAAUAAAUUAACAUUUUACUAAUUGA